AUGGGGCCCCCGGGCAAUAGGGGAUCAUGGGGCCCCUGUGUCCUUGCCCAAACUCAAAAAAACCUAUGAAAAAGGUACCAGGGGCAUCUCAUGGGGCCGCCUACUGACCCCGGGCCCUCGGGCACUGCCCGAGUUUCCAAAAGGUCAGUCCACCCCUGUCAAGCUACACCCUUUAUCCAGUCGUAUGCAAGAGAACGUUUUUUGUUUUUUUUGUACAUGAUUGGUUAUUUUUGGUAAAGUUAACAUGCUCUUCUACCUAAGGAAAUCAACCCCAUUCUUUAAUCAUUAGCAUGUACUGUACAUCCCCUACAUACAAUGUUCCUUGUUCCGUUAGCAGCAUUUCAUUCCCAUUGUCU